UUCGCCAAUAUAAUGGUGAAUUGCCGCUUCGAUCUUCUAUAAGCCGUUUCUCUGGAGCGAUCUUCUUUGUUUUCUCAAGUGAUUGUCGGCCAUCAAAUCCUUCUUCCUUCGUGUAUAUUCUGAAGAGCUUUUCGUGAGGGCGGCCAAAAUUAUUCCCUAGGGUUGCUUGAUCCAAUCCCCAAUCCUGAUAUAUCAUGAUUAGACAGGGGCUGAAUUUCUAGGGUUUCGUAACACUCUCCCUAAUCUUUGCCCCCUGCUAAUUUUGUACAUAUCUCCAUCUUCUUUUUGCUUUCUUUUAUUCUGUUUUUGUUAUUUUUCCCUUGAAUUUUUUGUUUGUUGAUUGAAGAAUUAAUAAAUGAGAUGGGAAGGUUGAUCCGAGGAGAAGUGAGAUCUAAUUCUUCGCUGCAUUCGCUGCAGUUGAAUUUCUUCGGAUGCCCUUUUCGAUUUAGGUCGGGCAUUACUUCGUUUUCCGUCGCCUGUGAAGCUUUCUCCGAAGACCUCGAUCUAUAACCCGAAUCCUAAUUGUACAGCUUGCUUGAUUUUUCUCUCGUUUUCUUAUUUUCCUUUUCAUUGUUUUUCCUUUUUUUCUGUUGAGAUGAAUAUUGCUAGCAAUGAAUUCUGGGCUGAGAAAGGGAGAAUGGGAGCUAAUAAGCAGGUUACCGAGCCUGAAAUCUUAGAUACGUCCUCGGACGGGCGAUAUAUUCAGUACAAUGAAAUCCUGGGGAGGGGAGCAUUCAAGACUGUUUACAAGGGGUUUGAUGAAAUUGAUGGGAUAGAAGUUGCUUGGAACCAAAUAGAUAUUGCGGAUGUUCUUGAGUCACCUGCACACUGUGGGAGGUUACACUCUGAGGUUAACCUCCUAGGGUCACUGAAGCAUGAAAACAUCGUUCGGUCAUUUGGCUGGUGGGUGGACCCCAAGAAUAAAACUAUGAACAUGAUCACAGAGCUUUUCACUUCUGGCAGCCUGAGGCAGUACCGGAAAAAACAUAAGUGUGUAGAUAUAAAAGCUAUAAAGAACUGGGCCAGACAGAUCCUUCGAGGUUUACACUAUUUGCACACUCAUAAUCCUCGCAUCAUUCAUAGAGAUAUAAAAUGCGACAAUAUCUUUGUGAAUGGAAAUUAUGGUGAGGUUAAAAUUGGAGAUCUUGGAUUUGCAACAGUAAUGCAGCAACCUACUGCCAGAAGUGUCAUCGGUACACCUGAGUUUAUGGCACCAGAGCUUUACGAUGAGGAAUACAACGAGCUGGUGGAUAUUUAUUCUUUUGGAAUGUGUAUGCUAGAAUUAAUAACCUGCCAAUACCCAUACAGUGAAUGUAAAAAUCCUGCCCAGAUCUUUAAGAGGGUUACAUCUGGCAUAAAACCAGCUGCACUGGGGGAAAUACAGGACCCUGAAGUGAGAUGCUUUAUUGAAAAGUGUUUGGUUCCUGCAUCUGAGAGGUUAAGUGCUGCUGAGCUCUUGAAUGAUCCAUUCCUUCUGCCUGGACACCCCAAUAAUUAUUCUUGUGUUCAUCCGCAAAUAUCGGAAUUUACAACCAACCACUUGAACUCCGCACUAAAUGCUAUGAUGGAAGUUGAACCUUCUUACAAAAAGCUUUCAGGUAGCUCUUACACUGAAAGCACCGUUGAAAAUCCAGUGCCGGCUCUUGAAAUUCACAGAUGCAAUGAGUUAAAUAAAUUUGUCCUGAAAGGAGAAAAGCAUGAUGAUAGUUCACUCUCAUUAACUCUGCAGAUUGUGAGCUAUGCAGGUAAUAAUGAUGCAGCUUGCCAGGAAACUGUUCACUUUCUCUUCUAUAUUAAUGAGGAUACUACACUAUCUAUUGCUGAGGAGAUGGUUAUAUAUCUCAGAUUACCGGGAAAUGAUGCAGCCUUAAUAGCUGAGAUGAUUGAUAGUUUAGUUUCACAAUUGCUUUUCUGCUGUGGAACAUCAUCUGGUAGCUUGAACGGAACAAAGAGUUUUCAGGGCUCUGCUAUGGUUCAAAAUGAAAAUCUCUUGGGAAGUAAUGCAAUCAGAAACUAUUCGCACUGGCAUCGGAACCGAGAAUCUAAUGAGAGAAGCAUGUGCCCAGAGUUACCUGUCUCAAAGAACAAUUGUGCUAUUGAAUCGAUUGGAGCAUUGCCCCAAUACAUUGAUGCAUCAAGUUCAGAUGCCAUGUGCAAGAAAGAUUUACAAUUGGCUGAUUAUGCUAGGAUGAGCUACGGGCCGUCCUUGAUGACCAAAAGCAUGAAGAAAUUAGAAGAUUCCUCCUCCUCUGCAGGCUCAUGGACUACUGCAUCAUCAAGCGUAAUGAACCCGAGCUCUUCAACUUCUCUAACAGAUGAAGAGAAUGAAAUCAUCAAUGAGUUUAAGGCAAAGACAGAGCUUGAGACAGUCGAUAUGCAGUAUUGAAGCUGUCAUCAUGAACUUGCGGAUAUGAAAGAGGCUUCACUUCAAAAUGCCAAGAAGAAGUGGCUAAUGAAGAAAGUAUCUUUUCUUUGAAGUUUUACUUCACUUCUUUGUUUGAAUUGUUCUGUUUGAAUCUUGUUGUUGUUUCUUCAUUUUGAUCAACUGAAUUUCUGAUUGAGUUUGAAAUAAAUAUUUUGCUAGCUCCAGUGAGCUCAUCAA